AUGCUUGAUCAGCAACCGUCCCUAGGUGCAGCGAUUCAAGGAUUGUGGUCAGAUUUUUUGCUGCAAAUAGAGCAAAUGUCUCAACGACUUCAACAAACUUUUCAAAUCCUAAGUGGAUCAUUUCCGUUAUUUGAACCAACAACAACAACAACAACUCCUUCUAGUACAUUAAGUACUUCAAACUCACAAUUGGUAUUGAGUACACAGGAGCAGUCACCAAUUGGACAAAAUUUUGGACCAGUUACUUUCCCUAAUAUCAAUGAUGAAAAUAAUAAUACACCAAAAGUUCAUUAUCAACAAAACCAAGGUGUGCCAUUUCCAGUAAUACCACCGGAAAUUCCUGCAUUUUCUGAUCCCUCAAAACUAGAAAAUAAUGCCCAAGAGACUCCAAGUAAUGUAGCACUUGUUGCCCAGUAA